GUCGUGGAGAUCAUCGGCGACGGCAGCAGCGGCGGCCUUGCGAGGCAUUAUAUGUCUGUUUAUUUAUAAAAAGAGCGGCGGCCCGCGCAGUGCCGCCAGUGGGAUGUCGCAUGCGCGCCGGACGCAUCAUCCAGGCAACAGUUUGAGGAAACGCAGCAUCACGGCAGUAUAUACCGCGCAGCAUCCGUAUGGCUUUGCGUGCUUCAGUCGGUCGUUCGUGCUGACUGACGCUUGUGCCGGAUUUCGCUUGUUUGUUUGCUUCUUUGAAACGUGCAGUACUUUAUAUUUUCUUUCUCUUUCUUUUCGAGUUAUAAAAGACGGUAUAAUCAGAUCCAGUUCGCUUUUAACGCCAACGAUUCUACUGGAAGAUAUGAAUAAUACAUAAGCAGCGGCGACCUGAAGACAUCGCAUACACCGUCGCAUGUCAAGAAAAUAUCGCGGCAAAUUUCAAUUGUUUACAGAGCGCGCGGCGCGUGUGCGGUACCGAAUUACUCAAUCCGCGCGUACACCUUUAUAAUAUAAUUCUCGAUAGGGGAGAAGUGAAGAAGAGCCUCCGCAUCGCCGUCGGCACAUUGCUAUAACUCUUCUCGUCGAACACGCGGCUCUGAUUCACUCGCUCGAGUCGAUCUCUUAUUAUACGGACGAAAGUUAUUGCAUAUACCGUGUGUUCUUUUAUCUCGCGGCAACGAUCUGCAUUUGAAUUCUCGUUCGAACGUCGCGCCCUUGAUACUGAAUUAUUAUGUGCUCUCGGAGUUUUCUCUUGUGCCUGCAUAUCUGAUGCUGAACGUUCUUCUUUUAUUUUUUUCUUGUUCUUGCUUUGAGAUAAAAUAUUGACGUUUCGCGAGUUGAUCGAUUCCCAUCGGAAUAAUGUCCAAGGAAUCCGUCUUGAAAGCCGCACCAUCCAUACCGGCGAUCAACAUUCUGCCGCCGCAAAUAACCAAGCUGAAGAAAGAGGAAGAAGAGGAGACGUGGAUCUCGGGCGAGGAGCUCUACACCGAGGGCAGCAGCGACGAGGAAAAUUUCCGAUGCAAGUCUCGCUUGAUGGACCAGCUCUCAAAGGAGUCGUCCCUGUCAUUAGUAGCGCGGCCUCGUCGAUCGAAGGCUAAACUUGAUAAGAAACUACCACGAGCCAUGCACUCUCGUUCGACGUCCGCCGAGGACAGUGACAAUGCGCUGCAUCAGUCGACUUCAAAGGGCCAUCAUCACUCGCCGAGAAGCAUUGCCUGCACCGACGCCGAGGAGGAGUACGUCGCCGAUGAUGAGAUAUCCUGGAAGGCCAAUCGAGACGAGCUUCAGUUGGGGGACGAGAUUUUCGCUUUGCAAGAGUACCCGAAGAUUUGCGAAUCUAUGGAUAGCAUCUUCCGCGACUUUAUCGAAAGGUUGAACUGUUUAGAGAAAGUAGAGAACGAAAACUGUUGCAGACAAGAAGAAAACUUACAAAAUGAAUUGAAAAAUAACGUGAUGUUCUUGGAUGCGGCGGUUGAUAAGCUGGAGAGCGAAAUAGAGUGUGUCAAACGAAAGACAAAACAAGUUCAAUUGCAAAACCGCUUGAGAUUGAAUGAAAUUAAGAAAAGAGGACCGAAAUUUAAAAAGCUAGAUGAGAAUACUAAACGGUUCAUCGAGUUGUAUGGUCACAAAAUCGAAUCGUCGGAUUUCAAAGAUCGGUCUAGUGAAAGGUCGGAAGUUUCUGACAGAUCCGAAUCAAUACAGCUCCUGUCCGACGUUACGGAAGAUCUCGUGAAAUUAUUAGAUGAGUCUACUGUUUCAGAAGGCGUAACAACGAAUAUUGAUUAUAGAUCGAGUGCAAGUAACAAUUGAAAUUUUUUUCGAAAUUAUCUUAAUUACACGAUUGCUUUAUUGAGCUUACUCGAUAACUUGUAAAACGUAUAACUAUUUUGCUUAAAAAUACGAGGCAGUUUUCACAAUUUACAAUUUCAUGUUUAUACUUUUUAACGAGCAUAAAAAUCACGAAGUAACCGACGAUUAAAUAGUACUUUUCAUACCAUUUUACUUACAAUAAAAAUUAGGACGCUAAAUCUAAAGACUAUACAUUAAA